CAAGAACACCAGUAACACCAGCUUGACGUUCAAAGCCCCCAUCACUGCGCCACCUGUGAAACAGGAAAGCGUCGACGAUGCGGACGAGGCACUUCUCCACCGGCCUCACCUACCUCAGUCUGCGCAGGCAGGAUCUGAGGCAGGCAACACCACACUGAGCUAUAUCUCCGCCUCUGCAAUUGCUGCUGAGCUAGAGCUUACGUCCACGAAGCGGGGCAGAAAGCCGAAGCAUGGAGAGCCAGUGCAGGGCAUACCACAAGGAACACGCCAGCCAGUGCCGGGUGAGGGUAUGCUGUGCUUUGAGCAGGCGCGCCUGCGGUGGCGCCGGCACCUGAACUCAACCCAUACCCAAACCAAAGGAAGAGAAGACGCAGAAGACACAGAGCAAGGCAACCCGUUCUUCAGAAGCCCACCAUCGGAUCGUCAGUCCAAACCCGCCGCCGCACCAGCACGGCGCAAGUCGCGACACACCGGUGAUCCCGUCGUCGUCCAGAACACGCGCCACAGUCGCCCGAGAGUCUUCGUGCCUUUGAGGGUCGGUCUGUCACAGUAUUCAACCUCUAUGCGGCUUCCUCCAAUCAGUGCGCCGCAACGAGGGCCGCUCCCGCCAAUCAGCUUCCUGACCGGGGCAUUUAGGUAUUCUCCUCGGCGAAACCCUAUGCUAACCCGUUCGCCUCCCCUGCCACCAGCACUUCAUGUCUCCGCCUUAAUCGACGCCGCAGACACUUGUCCCAAGCCAAGCCCUGGCCCAUCAACUUCCACAGUUAACGAUAUGAGGGCAGAUGCGAAGCCGAUCUCUGCCUCUCUGUGUCCCCAGACGACUCCUCCCGCUGACCGAACUCCAUCAACGACCUCGCGCCCGACUGGUCAUGUCGACGGUCACGUCAACUCCGGGUCAUCUGCAGUUCAAACCAAUCUGCCGGUCUUCAACGCGGCCCACUAUUCUCGGAACAUUGCAGCCCUUUCGCUGGCAACCCCCACAGAGUACUCGGAGCUCCGAUGGCACGCGCAUAGGGCUCAUGGCAAGUCUCGUACGAACGUUCGAUGGCAUCCGUACUACACACCGAGGCUCGGAUGCUAUCCUGGCAAAGUGGAUCUAUGAUCAUCGGUGCAGCCUUGCGACAGGCAGCUCAAGGGUAGAUUCUGCGGCUUUCGACUUCGGACGUUCUCAGUAAAUUAUCUCCAUGCCAUACCUCGCACUAUGCCCUAUGCGUGCUGUACAUCUGUCAAAAUAUGCAUUACUUCCCUU